GCGGGCUGGGGAUGUAUGCUGCGCUGUGGGCAGAUGAUGCUGGCACAGGCACUGAUCUGCAGGCACUUAGGAAGAGACUGGCAAUGGGAAAAACACAAAAAACAACCAGAAGAAUAUCACAGAAUCUUACGGUGCUUUCUAGAUAGAAAGGAUUGCUGUUAUUCCAUCCACCAAAUGGCGCAGAUGGGGGUUGGAGAGGGGAAGUCAAUUGGAGAAUGGUUUGGACCAAAUACAGUUGCUCAAGUACUGAAGAAGCUGGCUUUAUUUGAUGAAUGGAAUUCAUUAGCAGUUUAUGUGUCUAUGGACAAUACAGUGGUCAUUGAAGACAUCAAGAAAAUGUGCUGGUCCCCUCCCCAGAGCAGUAGCACAGCCCACAGCAGUGCACAUGUGCACAGAGGUGCUCUGGGCCGAAAUAAGAAUGCAGCAGGAUUCUGCACAGGCUGGAAGCCCCUCUUGCUUAUCAUACCUCUAAGGCUGGGGAUAAAUCACAUCAACCCGGUGUACAUCGACGCAUUUAAAGAAUGCUUUAAGAUGCCACAGUCUUUGGGAGCAUUAGGAGGGAAACCAAAUAAUGCCUAUUAUUUCAUAGGAUUUUUAGGCAAUGAGCUGAUCUAUUUGGACCCUCACACCACUCAGAGUUUUGUAGAUUCAGAAGAAAAUGGCACAGUGGAUGACCAGAGCUUCCACUGCCAGCAAGCCCCGCACCGAAUGAAGAUCAUGAAUUUGGACCCUUCAGUAGCUCUAGGAUUCUUUUGCAAAGAAGAAUGUGAUUUUGAUAACUGGUGUAGUCUUGUACAGAAGGAGAUUCUAAAGCAACAGAGUCUUCGGAUGUUUGAGCUGGUCCAGAAGCAUCCACCACACUGGCCUCCUUUCAUACCUCCAGCAAAGCCAGAAGUGACAACCACAGGAGCAGAACUCAUUGAAUCUACCGACAAGCUAUUUGAAUUGGAAGAGGAAUUUGAAAUUCUGAGUGUAUGA